UUUGUUGACAGAGGAAUGAUGCUUAUUAACUAAACGUACCUGUACACUAAUUGAUGUACUUUUAUUCUAAUUGUAUUUCCUCGCUUAUACUGACACGGCCAUGGGAUAGUUAUAUCUCCCUGUUUGUGUAUUGAAUGAUUUUGAUUUUGUUUAUAAUUCAUGUACCCUUGAUUUGUCUUCAAAAUAAAUUGAUCCAUUCUUCAUUGUUUUCCUAACCAGGACUGAACAUGAGUUUGGCUAAUUUAUCUCUACUCAUCUUUCUCAUCAAGAUUACUACCUGCUCUUCACUAUCAAAUCUUAAACAGUUUCUAUGCAGAGUCACCCCGGCUAAUUGCCAGUUCGUAAAUGUUUCUCUUGUUCAGAAACAAACUUCUCUAGAGUUUUUCAAGUUACACACGCACAACAGUUCAGCUGGGACUGAUCUCCUCAUUAAAGGUACAUCCAAAACUGCAGUUAUAAGUGGACUGAAUUACUAUCUAAGAGUUCAUUGUAAUACAACUCUCACAGAGUUUGGCUUAUCCCGUGAGACAUUCAAAAUUGUUCAGCUGAAUGGUACUGUAUAUCAGAUUUUGAAUGGCCUUACACACUUCUAUGGAAACAUUUGUGCUUACUCCUACUCUUACUGGGCAUGGAAUUGGGAUAUGUGGGAGAAACAUAUUGACUGGAUUGCUUUUAGGGGAUUCAAUAUGAUUUUUGUUCCUACUGGCGUUGAAUAUGUUAAUCUACAAAUGUUCAAAAUGCUUGGUCUACAUGAAAAAGAAAUUUACGAAUUUUUUAAUGGACCUGCAUAUCUUGCUUGGUCUAGAAUGGGAAAUAUGAAAAAUUUCACUGCUCCUCUCACACCCGAGUUCAUAAACUUCCAGACAUCUCUGCAUAAAAAUAUCAGUAGAAGAUUCAAUGAACUGGGUGUAAAAGUUGUGAUUCCUGGCUUUUCUGGAUUUGUCCCUCGUGAGCUGAUGCAACUUUACAACAAGACUAACUUCAAUGAUGUUAGUUGCUGGAACGGUUUUAAAAAAGAAUAUUCAUGCCUGGUGCAGAUUGAUCCAACUAAAGAAUUGUACAGGACGAUUGGUAACGUCUAUAUGAAGAUUUUGUUGAAAACAUUCCAAACAAAUCACUUUUAUGCUGUUGAUAUGUUUAAUGAAAAUACUCCAAAAAAUACAAGUCUGCAGUACCUUCAGUCUUGCGGUAAGAACACAGUAUCACUUAUAAAGUCUGCAGACCCUCAUGGUGUUUGGCUUUUGCAAGGAUGGACAUUUGGAUACGAUCCGUUUUGGGAGAAUGCUAGGGUAGAAUCAUAUUUGAAGCAUGUUGAAAGUAGUGACAUAAUCAUUCUUGAUAUGUUUGCUGAAGUUAAUCCAACAUGGAAUCGUACUAAAAGUUUCUAUGGCAAGCCAUUCAUUUGGAGUGUGGUUAACAAUUUUGGUGGUAAUACUGUAAUCAAUGGCAAUAUAAGGGAAACUUUGGAGGGAUUUAAUCUCGCAUUGAAGGAUAGCUUAUCCCUGAUCGGUUUUGGAUUUAUGCCUGAGGGUAUUUAUGAAAACACCAUUUUUUUAGAUGCUGUAAUGCAGUUUACAACAUUACAUAACAACAAUCAAAGCUUACGGAAUCCCUCUGAAUUUUAUGCUAAAUGGAAGGAUAGAGUUUCAUAUUACAGAUAUAGUGACUACAAGGGUGGUAUUGUCACAAAUAUUGCAGACAAAUUGUAUUCUGGUGAUAGUAAAGGUUCUUUUCCAGACAGCUCUUUCAUAUAUCAGCAACCAGGGUUUCAUAUGCUAUUUAAACCUACUUCAGAAAUGUCAGAUACUAUUGAAAUUCUGCUUAAUUAUCUUGAGAUAAUCCAUCGCAAGCAAGUCAGAGAGUUCUCUGAAAUAUUCUUUUAUGACAUGAGUUCUGUGCUUCAAAGCUAUGGUGAUCACUUGUUUCAUAAAAUCUAUGAACAAUUGGUUAGUGCUUACGAAAAAAGAGACAUUAACUUGCUUACCAGUUGUGCUGGAAUAAUGAUCAAAACUAUACAAUUGCUGGAUGAAGCCUUCAGUCUUCUUCAUCUCAAAUCUUUGCCAUGUUAUCAGAGUGAUAUAAACUCCUUUGCUCUGUUGAUCAAAGAAAACCCAAUGAAGCUUUCUCAAAAUUUCAGACUUCAGUUAACCACUUGGGGGUAUGACAAUGAAGUUCUGGACUAUGCCUUCAAGUUGUGGUCGGGGCUACUGGCCAAAUACUAUAAACGUAGAUGGGAGACAUUUUUUGACUUUUUACAGCUGUCAUUAUUAGAAGACACACCAUUUGAUGAUAAAGGUUUUGAAGUUGAGGUUACUGAAGUGGAGAGAAAAUUUGUGACUGAGGGUGUUUCUGAGAGUUGUAUCCCUUGGGGUGAACAAAGUAUAUCAAAAUUUGCUUUACUUGCUGAAAAAUUGAUAUGGCUUCAUCAUGUUUUGUGAUUGUUUUAUAAAACAAUUGUUUUAUAAAAACAAUUUUCGGCCUCAAUAUUAUACAGUAGUUGAGUAUACUCAACUACUGUAUAAUAUUGAGGCCGAAAAUUGAUUUUACAUGUACAACAUCUUGAUUAGUUAUUCAUUUAAACAUUUUUUAUUUUUAUACAUAUUUUAUACCUAUGAAGUUUUUACAACUAGUGGUUUGUUUGUUACAACUUUUAAAGAUUG